AAUUCAAACCUUCAACGGUCAUCUCAUCGGCUAUCCAUGUCAUUUGCUUUUUCUUAAUCUUUUUCCAUUUACAAAAACAAAAGCAAAACAGGUGGGUUUGAUCUUAUGCAACAAAUUACUAGUGGGUCUGAUUUGAUUCGAUAAAAUAUGAAGUGGGUCUGAUCAUAUCCAGCAAAUUGUGGAUUUGAUUGAAUUCAGCAAAUUGUGGAUUUGAUUGAAUUCAACAAAAUAACAUCAGGGUUUGAUGUUCCUAGUCCAGAGAAAUAUUCAUCUGUAUUUGAUCUGAUUUUACCAAUGAUAUACGAGAUACUACAACCUUUUUGAGGUGGAGGAAGAAAGAUAUUGCAGAUCAAAUAUGAAUUCGUCUACUAAGCAAACGAGACCCCCAGGGAGUGCACAGAAGAAUAGUCCUUGCACUCACAAGGAAAAUCACGAGGAGGUAGGUGCCAGCCCUUUGGAUAAGAGGCAGAAGAUUGGGCGUGACAUUUUUGGGGCUGGUAAAGCAAUGGCGUCCCCUAAGAUCAGGGCUAGGCAGGCCUUUUCUGAGGUACAUAAUAUGGGUCAAGAACCUGCUGUAGAUGUUGCUACUAACAAUGGUAACCACACUGAUGCGAUUGGCGAAGAACUUACCAAGGAAGAUGUGGAGGCCCUGCUCAACAUGAAGAUGAAAGGAAAAACUAAAUUUGAUUACAAGGGCAAGACUGAACAAAUGACUGACUACAUAAAGAAACUCCGAGCUUGCAUUCGGUGGCUUCAGGAACUAGAAGAAUCCUCCACUUUACAAAAGCAACAUGUGCAGAAUCAACUGUUGAAUGAGAGAAAUGAACAUAAACAGACUGAGGAUGCUUUCAAAGAGAGGGAACAAGAGUUACAACUGACCAUCGUGGAUCUUAACAAAACUUGCUCCAGCCUAGAAGAUAGGCUUCAAAAAGCAGAAGCUGAGAAACAGGCUAUAAUUGAAGAUAAGAAAAGAGAGAUAGAAGCGCGUGAAGAAGCAGAGAAGAAACAGAGACAAUUGUCUGAGGAGCUUGUAAAAGCUCAGAAAGAAGCCUCAGGUGCAAAUCAACAGGUGGCUUCUCUUCAGGACAUCAAUAAGCGUUUGCAAGAGUACAAUGCUAGUCUGCAGCAGUACAAUGGCAAGCUUCAAAGUGAUGCUGCAUCUGCUGCAGAGACUAUAUCUAAAGUCCAGAAAGAAAAAUCCACUAUGAUGGAAACUCUCAGUACUCUAAGAGGCCAUUCUGCAGCUGUUCAAGAGCAACUAGCUACUGUUAGAGCCUCACAUCAGGAAUGUGCAAAUCAGAAAAAGGCCUUGAUGGAAGAGAAUGAUCACCUGCGUGGGGAUCUUCAGCGAGCUAUAGAUGAAAGAGACCAACAGAUUGCACUAGUGCAAACUUUGACAGUUGAAGUUGGAAAAUACAAAGAAUGCACUGGCAAGACUGCUGCAGAGCUUGAGCAGCUUGCCACAAAGACAACAGUUUUAGAGGAGAGCUUUUCCUCUCAGAGUGAACAUGUAAGAAACUUGUGUAUAAAGCUUGAAGUUGCAAACCAUAAGUUACAGAUACAAGAGUCAUCUGUAUUGCAACAAAGAGAAGUAUAUGCUGAGCAGAAACAAAAGAUUGAAGUACUACAAAGACGGCUUGAAGAAGCUGAACUUCAAAUUUUUGAAGGAGAGCUUGUAAGGAGAAAGUUGCACAACACCAUCUUGGAACUCAAGGGAAAUAUCAGGGUCUUUUGUAGAGUGAGGCCAAUAAUGCCGGAAGAUGAAUGCACAGGUUCAGAUUCAUUGGUUGUGCAAUAUCCUGCAUCAGCUGAGCUCAUUGGCCGAGGCAUUGAUCUAAUUCAGAGUCCAGGACAAAAGCAUCCCUUUAUCUUUGACAAGGUAUUUGGACCAGAAGCUGGGCAAGAGGAGGUCUUUGUAGAGAUAUCCCAGCUUGUUCAAAGUGCUUUAGAUGGAUAUAAGGUAUGUAUUUUUGCAUAUGGACAAACUGGAUCAGGAAAAACGCAUACAAUGAUAGGUAGAACAGAUGUUGAAAAUCAGAAAGGUGUCAUACCAAGAUCUCUGGAACAAAUUUUCAAAACUAGCCAAUCACUUGCCUCUCAAGGAUGGAGCUUCAGAAUGCAGGCAUCAAUGUUGGAGAUUUACAAUGAAACCAUUCGAGAUCUUUUGGUGAGUAAUAAGCCCUCUAAUGCAGAUGGCACACGAAUCGAGAAUGGUACUAAGCAAUAUACUAUCAAGCAUGACCAAAAUGGAAAUACAAAUGUCUCAGACCUUACCAUAGUUGAUGUUACUAGCUCGAAGGAGGUUUCUUCUCUAUUGCACAGGGCAUUUCAGAGCAGGUCAGUGGGAAAAACGGCAAUGAAUGAGCAAUCAUCUAGGAGCCAUUGUGUAUUCACUUUGCGCAUUUCAGGAGUAAAUGAGAGCACGGAGCAACAAGUCCAUGGAGUUCUCAAUCUGAUUGACUUGGCUGGAAGUGAACGCCUUUCUCGUAGUGGAUCAACUGGAGAGCGUCUGAAAGAAACUCAGUCUAUCAAUAAAAGUUUGUCCUGCUUAGGAGAUGUGAUUUUAGCUAUUGCAAACCGAGAACAACAUAUUCCAUAUAGAAACUCAAAGCUGACAUAUCUUCUUCAGCCAUGUCUUGGUGGAGAUUCAAAGACACUCAUGUUUGUCAAUAUAUCACCCGAUCCUAAGUCUUUGAAUGAAUCUUUAUGCUCUCUACGAUUUGCUGCAAAGGUGAACAGCUGUGACAUUGGAGUGCCUAGGCGACAAACACAUCCACGGACAGCAGAUUCUCGUUUGAGUUACAAUUAAAAGGGAUGAUACUUUAAGCACAUUAUUGGAUCAGAAUCUGUGACUAAUGUUCUAAUCUGUGAUGAGAUCAGAGAAAAUUUGGCAAUAUACUGUCUAUAGGGAGAAAACUCGUUUGUAUUGGGCAAAGGUAUUAUAGGGCAUUUUUAUGUAAGGUUAAUUGUUACAAUGUGUAAACUUAGGAAGACAUUCAUUAUGUAAGAUUGAGUGCUCAAUCCUGGUUGAAAAUUUGUGAGCAUGUCAUUGCUCCUGUAAACCAUAAAGAUUCAGUGCCUAAUGUAUCAUAAUAUUAAAUGCAUAUCAUCAGGGUAAUCAAGCUGAGCAGAGCUUAACAUGGAAAGCAGUGUUGCAAGCCAUAUUCUUAUGAAGAUAAUGCACACGGGUGGAAGUGAGGCUUGAGCCCUGAGCCUCACCAAUUCAAUAAAAAAAUCUUAUAUUGGCAUUUGCAAUUUAAAAACUGACUCUGAAACAUUGAAAACAGAGAUAA